AUGGCUAGGGGUUUGAAGAAGCAUCUGAAGAGGCUCAAUGCCCCGUCUCACUGGAUGCUUGACAAGCUUGGUGGAGCUUUUGCCCCCAAGCCAUCAUCUGGUCCUCACAAGGCCAGGGAGUGCCUUCCUCUGAUCCUCAUCCUGAGGAACAGACUGAAAUAUGCUCUCACCUACCGUGAAGUGCAGUCUAUCCUUAUGCAGCGUCAUAUCAUGGUUGAUGGAAAGGUCCGCACUGACAAGACCUACCCUGCUGGUUUCAUGGACAUCAUUUCCAUUCCCAAGACUGGUGAGAACUACAGGCUUCUGUAUGACACCAAGGGCCGCUUCCGCCUUCACUCUGUCAGGGAUGAGGAUGCUAAGUUCAAGCUCUGCAAGGUCAGGUCUGUCCAGUUCGGCCAGAAGGGCAUCCCCUACCUGAACACCUAUGAUGGCCGCACCAUCCGCUACCCAGACCCUCUCAUCAAGGCCAAUGACACUAUCAAGCUCGACCUGGAGACCAACAAGAUUGUUGACUUCAUCAAGUUCGACGUUGGUAACGUGGUCAUGGUGACUGGCGGGCGCAACACUGGGCGUGUUGGUGUGAUCAAGAACAGGGAGAAGCAUAAGGGAACCUUCGAGACCAUCCACGUUGAGGAUGCCCAGGGCCACCAGUUCGCCACCCGUCUGGGCAAUGUAUUCACCAUUGGCAAGGGCACCAAGCCAUGGGUGAGCCUCCCCAAGGGCAAGGGUAUCAAGCUCACCAUCAUUGAGGAGCAGAGGAAGCGGGAUGCCGCUGCCCAGGCUGCUGCCAAGGCCUGA